AGUCUUGUUAUUAAAAUAAGUUUAAAAAAUAAAUUUCUCAUUACUAAUGCUUAGGCAUUAUAAAUUUUAUUGAAAAUGACCAGAGAUAAAGAAAACUUUUGAUAACAACCUGGCCUCCACUGCAUACAUUUGGGAUGUAGAGACAGCUCUCUAUUCUUAGGCAUUUGUAAGGGUAAGAGAAAGUCUCAUUUUGUUAACAGUUUGUUUAUUUGGGGAUGACAAUACAUCUGGCUGAAGACAAUCAACAGCGGGCCUAUUAUCUAUCCCAUGAUUACCAGAAUACUCACGGACAUGGAACACACAGGACGUUACCUGCAUCUUGCCUUUCUGAUGACAACAGUUUUUUCUUUGUCUCCUGGAACAAAAGCAAACUAUGCCCAUCUGUGGGCUAAUAAUACUACUGUCUUGGAUCCAGAUAUUCAAAAUAAGACGGGCAGAAGCCAAAAUGAAAACAUUAACACAAACCCUACAACUCCUGAAGCAGAUAAAAAAGUUAUUUCUACAAAAAUGCCUGAAAUAGCAACAUCAUCUCACAUCGCGUCUUUAACUCCUAAAUCUGAACUGGAGCUUUAUAUAUCUUCUGUCAUCAGGAACAAUUCUCCAGCAGUACAUAGCAUUGAAAACACAAGCAAAAGUCACAGUGAAAUUUUCAAAAAAGGUGUCUGUGAGGAAAACAACAACAAAAUGGCUAUGCUAGUUUGCUUAAUUAUAAUUGUGGUGCUUUUUCUUAUCUGUACAAUUUUAUUUCUAUCAACUGUGGUUCUGGCAAACAAAGUCUCAUCUCUCAGACGAUCAAAACAAGUAGGCAAGCGUCAGCCUAGAAGCAAUGGCGACUUUCUGGCAAGCAGUGGUCUAUGGCCUGCUGAAUCAGACACUUGGAAAAGAGCAAAACAGCUCACAGGGCCUAACCUAAUGAUGCAAUCUACUGGAGUGCUCACAGCUACAAGGGAAAGAAAAGAUGAAGAAGGAACUGAAAAACUCACCAACUAACGGAUGCUUUAGUGAAGAAAAAUGCAAAGUAGCAAUGAGAAAGUUUCUGGAGUAAAAAUGAAGUCAGUUUGAUAUUUAAUGCCAAGGUGUUGUUCUGAUGGUCUAAAAUUUAACAUGGCAGGCUGUGCAAUUUAGAAUCAAGCAGGUGAGAAGGGGAGACGUAUGCCUGCUUACUUAAUUACUUAAACUGUGUCUGACACUAUUUUAAAAAGCAAAAAUGAAACAACCAAGCAUCUGAGGAAGGUUUUAAAGACAAGCUGAAGGAACUGACUAAUAGAGGUAGAAAGGGACAAUUAAAUAUUUCCUGUUCAGCAAUAGUAGUUGAGUGAUCUUUGUCCGAAUGUUAUUAAAUUUUGAAGAGUUUUAGUGUGUCGUUAGAGGCAAGUAUAUGCUUUAACAUCUAACAGAAGUCACGUUCUUAAUGCAUAGAGCUGAACUGUACAGUUACGUGGUACCUUCUUUGCUGAAUGUGGCAGAAUCCAUACCAGCUCAUCUAUCAACACAGCUGAUGUUAUGCUAGAUGUUUUCAUCUUUAUAUAUGGCACACAUAAGAAAGUGGUUUUCUACUAUAAAUAUGUAAUUAAAACUUUAAAUUUUGUAUAAUAAAUUAAGACUUGUUAGAAUAAAAGUGACUACGUAC